GGCCAAGCUCGCAUCUUACGUGACCACUUACCAGUCAGCUUGCGGUUGCAUAGUAAAUGCCGUGCGCAGUCGAUCUUCUUUUUUCAGCCAGUUUGUAGCACAUCGAAUCCCCCUUUUAUUCCCUCCCAAAUAUUCCAAAACUGAAGUGAUAUGACCUUCUGGUUAUCUUUAUCUUCACCCGCCAUUCAGGCUGCCCGAAAUGAAAACCUGGCUCGUGACCGGAUCUUCGCGUGGCCUCGGCCUGGUGUUAGUGGAGGCUGUACUGGCCAGCGGCGAUCGUGUUGUGGCUACCGCUCGCGAUCCCGACCAGCUCUUCGAGCUUGAAAAGCAGUACGGUCCUAAUCGUAUCAUCACGGCUUCAUUGGACGUGACGCGGCUGGACGAUGUGUCAUAUACGAUACAGUUGGCUCAGAAAUGCUUUGGCGGUAUCGACGUUGUCGUCAACAACGCAGGAUACGCAGAGACCGCGCCCAUUGAAGACAUGAGCGAGGAAUCAUUCCGCACGCAAAUUGAAACCAACUUCUUCGGUGUGGUUAACGUCACUCGAGCUAUUAUACCAUUGCUACGGAAGCAGGGCUCUGGACAUAUCCUUCAAGUAUCGUCAGUCGGCGGGAGGGUUGGAUCUCCAGGAUUGGGGGCUUAUCAGAGCGCAAAAUGGGCAGUUGGCGGGUUCUCCACGGUUCUCGCGAAGGAGGUCGCACCCUUCGGAAUUAAGAUUACUGUUUUGGAACCAGGUGGCAUGAAGACAGACUGGGCUGGGUCUUCAAUGGGUUACCCAGAGAUCAGCGAGGGCUACCAGGCAACAGUAGGCGCUAUGCGUGAAGCGAGGGCUCGCUACGCUUCGGGGUGGUCCGAACCAACUGAGAUUGCGCGCGCUAUUCUUUACAUCGCCGGAGUCAAAGACCCGCCACUACGCCUCCUUUUAGGGCCCGACACCGUGAGCCAUGCCGAGGAAGCCUCUAGGUCUUUGGCCUCCUCGGACGAGAAGUGGAGGCAUGUGACGAAUCUAACGUUCUGAAAUAUACGGGCUGCUACAAAAGUGUUCUGUUAGAAUGGCGACUGAUAACGUUGCAGAGACAGUUGAAGCAAGCCAGCAAUUGAGGAUAAUUCAGAGCGGACAGUGCGCAGGUAGUGUAGAUAAUUGAAGACAGUCCAGUUGUCUGGCGAGCAGUAGCUCUAUUCGUAUUCCAACUAGUUCAUUC